UGUCCAACAUGAGGCCCGUGGUCCUAAAGUGGUCCUCCAGAGGGUCCAACAUGAGGCCCGUGGUCCAAAAGUGGUCCUCCAGAGGGUCCAACAUGAGGCCCGUGGUCCAAAAGUGGUCCUCCAGAGGGUCCAACAUGAGGCCCGUGGUCCAAAAGUGGUCCUCCAGAGGGUCCAACAUGAGGCCCGUGGUCCAAAAGUGGUCCUCCAGAGGGUCCAACAUGAGGCCCGUGGUCCAAAAGUGGUCCUCCAGAGGGUCCAACAUGAGGCCCGUGGUCCAAAAGCGGUCCUCCAGAGGGUCCAACAUGAGGCCCGUGGUCCAAAAGCGGUCCUCCAGAGGGUCCAACAUGAGGCCCGUGGUCCAAAAGCGGUCCUCCAGAGGGUCCAACAUGAGGCCCGUGGUCCUAAAGCGGUCCUCCAGAGGGUCCAACAUGAGGCCCGUGGUCCAAAAGCGGUCCUCCAGAGGGUCCAACAUGAGGCCCGUGGUCCUAAAGUGGUCCUCCAGAGGGUCCAACAUGAGGCCCGUGGUCCAAAAGUGGUCCUCCAGAGGGUCCAACAUGAGGCCCGUGGUCCAAAAGCGGUCCUCCAGAGGGUCCAACAUGAGGCCCGUGGUCCAAAAGUGGUCCUCCAGAGGGUCCAAUCCGGCCCUCAAAGUGUAAAAAUUACAGAGAAGACAUUAACUGCAGAUUGUAAAUUAGUAAAACUAUAAAUUUAAAAUCAUUUCUAGACCAUGACAAGUUGUUUGGAUCAAAAAGUAAAAUACUAGAUUGUUC